CAGCAGCAUCAGACAUCAAGUGACCGUUCUAAGGACAACAUCAGACCGAAAAACAUAUUAGGCUCACCUAGUGUUUCGUUUUAAAAAGAUAGUUUUGCAAACAUGAAAUCAAUGUUGGUCAACGUAGUCUUGGUGAUUUUCCUAAUCGCAGAAUUCAGUGCAGCUGAGAUGGACCACGACAAGAACCGACGAGGUGCCAAUAUGGGUCUCUAUGCCUUUCCGCGCGUCGGCCGAGGAGAUCCCAGCCUGGCCAACAGUCUGCGCGACGGAUUAGAAGCUUCGGUCCUCGACGGCAUUUACGCUGAUGCCUCCCAGGAGGAUUAUAAUGAGGCCGAUUUCCAGAAGAGGGCCAGUGGCUUAGUGGCCUUCCCACGCGUUGGUCGCGGAGAUGGCGAGAUGCCGCUGAGGAAGUGGGCCCACCUGUUGGCCCUGCAACAGGUGCUGGACAAGCGCACUGGACCCAGUGCCUCCUCCGGAUUGUGGUUCGGUCCCCGCCUGGGAAAACGCAGUGUGGAUGCCAAGUCCUACGAGGACACCAACAAGGGACAAAAGGAACUCAACUAAACGCACACACUUGUUUCUCCAAUGAACUGAUGAUGAAAGGCUCCUCUUUUUUGACACUCUAAAUGUCGUACACUCACUUUUUUGUACAUCAAAGAGAACGCUUCUAAUUGAAUAUUGUAACGGGUAUAUAAGCAAAUAUGUUUUUCGGUCAAAUAUAUAUUACGAAUUAAGGGCUGGUGAGAGCUUGUAAUUAAUGUCUUUGUGUGUUGUUCUUGCCAUUUCAAGUAUGUAAAUAUAAUAAAAUUGAUUAAAUAACCUGCAUUAA